GGAAGCCAAGCAAAUCCAACAAUCGUAAUAUUGCCAAUAAUUUGAAAGAGAAAAAAAAUUAGAAGGAAAAAAGAAAAGAAAGAGCUUGAAGGAGUUUGUUUGCUAUUAAUGGCGUUUUAUGACAAUUUCUGAGUCGUACUUUUCCAUGUAUUUAUGUUUCUGAGUUCUCUUUCCGUUUUUCUCUUUGUUUCUGCCUAGAUUUGCGCGUCGUUUGUCCUUGUCCGUUUGAUCUCCCGGCGGUCCUGCAAUCCCCGCCGUUGAUUUCUCCACCGUGGACUUCCCUCCUCUCAUUCUCUCUCUCUCGUCUCUUGUCUCUUGUCUCUUCCUUUCCGCUUUCUUGGCGUUGGCGGAGGCUCUUUCUUUUUCUUUUUCUUUUUCUUUUUCUUUUUUCUUUUUUUUUUUCAAAUGUUAUGAAUGAAGUUUGCCGGCGAUUGUUUCUUCUUCUUUCUCUCUCUUUCUCCCAUUUCAUGGAAAUCACAUUCUCUCUAGCUCUCUUUCUCUCUCUCUCUCUCUCUCCCUCUCUCUCUGAGUCUCUGUUGUUUGAAUAUGCGUUGAAUUAUGCAAUUAUUGAUGGUGAAUCGGGGAUGCGAAGCAGAGAUUGCUGCUAAUUUGGGCGAAUUUGAUGGGGAAUGGUGAUGACCGGCGCUGUGUAUUCCCUCUCACGAGUUUGCAAAUCGGAGACUUGCAGUCGUAUCUUUCCGAUCUUAGCCUCUUUGUGGCCCUUGAAAGUAACAAGCUUUUUAUCUUGGUCGACAACCGGCCAUGGUUGAGAGACCGAGGUUCACGUCCGGCGCACUUGUGGCAAUUUAUGGUCACUAAGUCAAGGUUAUCUCCAUUUGCAAAUACCAAACCCCGGAGGGAGAAAAAGGGAGGCAAAGAGGCUUCAUCCGGGUCCGAUGUUGGCAAACAGAAGAAAUUCGCGAGAUGGUUCCGAUUGAUUGAUGCAGCAACAUUUUCUCAAAAGAGGGUUUUGCUACCUGUGAAGAAACUGCGCAAUACUUCACUGUUAAGCAGUGAGCUGCAUAGGACCUUGUAUGGUUUCAUUGUAUUUGAAGUUGCGUGGAGCAAUGUUCGAGGUAUCAACUAUUUGAAUGAGCUUCAGACUGAUACCUCUCUGGCUAUAGAGGCUAAAUUCAUGCAAAGAUGGGAAUUUGAUAGUAUAGCUCAAGCAGCAAGCUGUAUGUUGUCAUGGUUCCCAGGAACAGUCUCUGAGAAGCUGUUAUUGAAGGAGUAUCUAGAUUCUGCCAUAGGAGAGGUCUUCUAUGAUGCUGAAGAAGAUAUACUGGAAACUAUAUCUGAUGAUAAUGCUGAAAAUAUUUGCAGCAAUAGUUUAUCGAUUGAGGACGAUUCUCUCAACCUGGGUAGCGAGUUUGCCAUAUCAUCUAAUACCGAUGAGGAUGAAAAUGGUGUUCAACAAACACCACUACCUCCUCCUAAAAGAAGGAAAGUAAUAAAUUCCCUUUGUAGAAGAGUAGAAGAGGAUAUGUGUUGUGAGGAAACAACAAACUCCGACGCCUAUCCCAGCAAUUGUGAAAAUGCAGUGGAAGCAACCCAGUACAGGGAUGUUCUGAUUUUGUUCAGGUUCAAUGACCAUGAUCUUCCUUUUACGCUAAGAAAAACAAUAAUGUCUGAUUUGAGGUUACUUACUUUAUUAGAGGCUGGGCUUCCAUCUUGGGUUAUCUUCCUUCAGUCAUAUCCAGGGUUUUGCCAUCUUUAUCGACCAUGGAUGUGCCCAUUGGCAAGAGCUUUAUAUGUGCUUAUCUCAAUUGUUACCGUUCUUAUAGGAUUUUAUGAUCUGUACAAAAAUGUCCCAGUUCUCAAGGCAACUGCAUCUCGUUUGUUUGGGCCUCUUUUUGAUUGGAUUGAGACUUGGGAGAUGAUAACACGGAUAAAAUACUUGGGAACCAUGCUAUUUCUUCAUAACUUUCAGAAGGCUGUUAAAUGGUUUCUUACAAUUAGGAGCACUACCAGAUCGUUCCUUUCAGUUCUCACUCAACCAUUUGCAGAGCCGCUGGUGGAAGUUUUCGAGGUUCUCCUUCCAGUGUGGAAUGUGUUGAUUGAAGUUGUAGAAAAAUUGUUCUCAGUGAUUUGGCUUCUAAUUGGGUCCUCUUGCAGUCUUGUUGGGAACCUGGUAGAGAUUAUAGUGUUCCCAAUAUGGUUUGUUGUCUCACUCAUCUGGAGCAUUGCAACGACAGUUUUGUAUCCUAUCUUUUGGAUCAUUUGGGAGCUGCUCUAUGCUCCAAUUCGCAUGGUUUUGGCACUCGCCAAUCUCGUAGCUCUGGCGUGUGCCUCUAUAUACGAGAUUCUUGUAGAUAUAUGGGACUUCAUUAGUAGCAUCUUUCGGCUUGCGUCUGCUUCUAAGGCAACAGUGAGCACACAUGAAGUUUCAAUGUGGCAAUCGCUUUGGAAUGUCCUUUUUUCACAGGUUUUUCGUGCUCUUAGGAGUAUAUUAAAUGGUUUUGUUGCAUUUUUCACAGCCUGCAACAGACAUCGCCUUAGCAUUUAUAAUCACUUUCUGGAAUUUAUUCGAAGAUUGUUUGGUCGAACACCGAGAUCAAGGCAUGAAGAUUCUAGGUUAAGUAGACCAAGAAGGGAGACUCAGAAAACGUCAGAUGUGAGGAAAGUUCACAUUAGUUAGGAUUCCACAACUCCUCAAAGCUAACCAAAUCACAAGGCACUUCUCUUUUAGGAGCGCCAAUCCGUAUAGCACGAGACUCCUUUUACAACGGAAGAAAGAGAGCUAAUCCAGAAAAUAGGAGGAACAGGGCACUACAGUCUUCCAUUCAUACGGCAAGUGUAUUAUAUGAUAUGAUACCACUUGGGAAGAAGCUUCAUUCUUUUAUUUCUUUAUUUAUAUGCGUCUCCUGUUGUUAAUGCGCAACUACCUCCCCUUUAAGAAUGCAUCUUUUAGUUCCACAAUUUAAUUGUAUAUUCAAGGGCUACAGAUACUCAUUUCUAUCAUACCUCAAUGUCUAUAUCCGGAAAUGUAAAUAGUAUGCAAAAAGAGCAAGCCUGUAUUAUGUAUAUUAUUCUUUAGCGGCCAUAAUUAUCACAACUUUUUUUGUCAACUCCUGU